AUGACUUUGGAUCAGAUGAGCGACCAGCUGACCGAGCUGCGUGGCAUGAAGGCCUCCCUGGCAAGGGUUGAGAAGAGUCUCAGGACAAUGCGGUCCGACUCCUUCCUCACAAGGUCGCAGGAGGUGGCGCGGGACGGUUCCGCGCGAUCUGCUUCCAGGGUGGACGGGGAUGUCUCAAGUUCCCUUCUGCCUGGAGGUUCCAUCUAUGGACUUGAGCAGGUACGGGCUGAGGAGCUCCGCAGCCAAAGAAGAGGCAGACAAAAGGCUCUGAACCAGCAGGGCAGCGGCCUAUCGACACCUGGGCCUAGUCCCAAUCUUAGCAAGGUGAUGUUUCAAGCCGGGUCCUCUUCCGGUGAUGGAGAGAACUUAAAGGUAGACGUGAUCGGCAUCCAUCAGCCAAGCGCUCAUGAUUCUCCGCCGAUUCCAUCGUCGAAUUUGGGGAAGAAGUCGCGAUCUGCCUCCUUGGCCUCUGUUACGGAGGAGCAGGGCGAAGUUCAGGAAGUUCGAGUCCCACCGAUUGUCGUGGACAAGCGGACUCCCACCUUUACUGGAUUGGGUCGGAGGAAAUCCCUGGACAACCUAAGAGAGGUGCACAAUUCCAUGGUUGCUGCCCCUACUGUAGCAUCGCGUACCACGACGGGCUCGCGUCGCCACUCUACAGAGACAGGGACGGCGCUGCCGCUUCUGGGUUGGUUCAUCCUGUCGUUUGUCGGCAUCCUCGAUUUCUUUGACGGCAGGAGGUGGCGACAUCUUGCUCGAUGGAGUUUGGGAGUGCAGAUCGCGGGCAUCAUCGGUCUCAUAGCGGCCCUAAGUAGAUGGACUGGGUCUCUGCAAGACAUUGAGCCUUUGAUCACGACGGUUCUUUACUUCUGCGGUGCCGUUGUCGGGGUGCUCAGCCUCAGGAGGAAUAAGAUCACAUCGCUAUUGGGUCCAUCCGAGUAUGUGCUGGAUGACUACGCUGUCGAGUCAGACUUCGUGGACGACUGGCGAAAGCUCUCCCAGGCGCGCCUCAUGCAGAUGAGUGGGUUCUUUGUUCUCAUGCUUUGCUCCCGCUUCGGCGCCCUGUUUGUGACCGAACAGUCAGUCUUCGGCAAGAACACAGAGGUAUCAGCUUUCGAUGUUGCCACGCUAGUGGCAUUCAUCGGGAUGGCGGUUUGUUAUUGCGCGGCUUGCUACUGCGUGCUGCACAUAACUGCAGGUCUUGAGCUGGCAGUGGACAGCUUUGCAGUGCACUUUUUCAGUGCAGGCGACAUGGAGGCUGCAGUGAUGAGCUGGAACGUUGUCCAAGCCACCUUGCGACAGACUUCGAGCAAACUCAGCGACUUCCUUGUCCUGCUUGCUUCCUCCUGCAUAGCGGCGCUGAUCCUGUUUGCAUACCAGGUUGCAUCUAUGACGUUAUCAGAUGAGAGAGUGGCGGUGCUGGACAUCGUCAUGUGGACAGGGUGGUUGUAUUCUCCCCUGCUCCUGUUCCUCUAUGUCCUGUCUACAUCAGCAGCAGUCACCGAGAAAGUCGAUCGACUGGUACCUUUGGUGAACUCCUGGUCCUUUGAUGGCCAAGCGGUCCUCGACGAGACGCGACAGUAUGUGGUGCAAUACAUCUUGCACAGCCGUGCGGGAUUUUACGCUAGAGGUAUCCGUAUUACGGCGUCAAAUGUGCAGAAGCUCAGCUACUACUUCGCAGCGGGCUCGUUCGGGCUCCUCGCCAACCUGUGGCAGUGA